AUGACACAACCGUCUUCAGAUGAGAAAGCCCUCCAGGAGGAGAUUGAAGAUCUUGAAAGACGUUUACACAAUGCGAAAGCCCGACUGAAUCCAGACAAUGUCCCAGCGACACAUUCAUCGCCCGCCAACGACGCAGCACUGCACGCUCUUCUUCUGCUCGCAGACUCUGCCCUGCCACUCGGCUCUUUCGCCUUUAGCAGCGGACUAGAGUCGUACCUCGCCCAUCACAAGCCGUCGCCGCCGUCGGCGUCACAGCUACCCGCGUUCCACACUUUCCUCCGCUUAUCGCUUUCGACCCUCGCAAGCACAUCGCUCCCCUACGUCCUGGCCGGCUACCGCCACCCAGAGGACAUUGAGACGUUGGACAAUGACUUCGACGCGAGUACACCGUGCACUGUUGCGCGACGGGCGAGCAUAGCACAGGGGCGCGCGUUACUUGCAGUUUGGGACCGCAGCUUUCGGACGCAGUACAACACGCCUAAGGACCACGCGUCUCAAGAUGCUAUGCAUGGAACAAUGAGUAGCGAAGCGGCUAUCAGCGCGCUCAAGUCGUUUUCCGCUGCCCUGCGUACUUCGGAACUCAUCAACGUGCAUCUCGCGCCGCUUUGGGGACUUGUUACUAGCAUUCUGGCCGUUCCGCUGCAACAAGCCGCCUACUUGUUCCUCUUCUCACAUGCGCGGACUGUAGUGAGUGCCGCUGUGAGGGCGAGCGUUAUGGGCCCUUACCAAGCGCAAGCGGUACUGGCAAGCGCCGAGCUGCAGGACAGGAUACGUGGGCUGGUUGAUGAGGGGUGGGACAAGACAGUCCAAGAUGCGGGGCAGAGUGUGCCAGUCAUGGAUCUUUGGGUUGGAAGACAUGAGAAGCUGUAUUCUAGGAUCUUCAACUCAUAA